CACCAAUGUACAUUCUUGAUGAAGUGGAUGCAGCUCUUGAUUUAUCACAUACACAAAACAUUGGACAGCUGUUACGAACUAGAUUUAAAGGAUCACAAUUUAUUGUGAUAUCAUUAAAAGAAGAAUUAUUUAAUAAUGCUAAUGUUUUGUUUAUUGCAAGAUUUAGAGAUGCUACAUCAAUUGUCGAA